UUCACUUAUUUUUCAUUUUCAAAAACCCUCGCCCACUCUCACUUAAUCAAAACCCAUAGAACUAAAGCGACUACAGAUCUAUCAAUCUCUUUUCCUUUACUUAAUCUCUUUCAUUUCUUCUUCACUUAAUCUCUUCAAUUUCUUCUUCACUUAAUCUCUUCCAUUUCUUCUUCAUUUCCUCCGAAUUCAAGCCCGUGUAGUUGCAAAAUUUCAAAUACAAUAGCUCUCCGCUUUUCUUCAGCGCCUCCUCUGUUGCAAAAUGAAAGAGAUAUGAAAGAAAACUUCAGAUCUAUCAAUCAAUUGGAUCCAAGUGAUGCGGCUAGCGGAUCCAUUUCACCCAUGGAUAUUAGAAGAUCAUCUGGUGGAAGUAAUCCUAACGACAACCAUUGAAGUUGCUUGCAAAUGUAUUAGAUAAUUAAGUAUCGUACUCGAUUGAACGGUCAUAGUAGAUCUUUUGUCCAUAAAGGCUGGAGUGGAUAUUCUGUUUAAUGUUAGUUUUAAGACUAAUUAUAAUAUUGAUGUUUUGUGUUUAAUGGUUGGAGUAGUUAUGUUUAAAGAAAAUUUUUGAGACUAAUGAUAAUUUAAUUUAAUGUAUUUUGUGGUUUAUUAAUAUAUUGAUAUUACUUGAUUCCAGUAGGCAAUUUAUAUAAUUUGUUGAUGCAUCAUUAUAUUAAUAUAAUUGAAAUUGGAACAGUUAUGGAGUAACAUUGCAGGAAAAAAAAUAUUCAAUGAAUAGCGGAGGUUAUAACUGCCGCUAUUUAACCUAUAAUAAUAUUGUGUUAUAAAAUAUAUGGGGGUUAAAUAAAGAAAUUGCGGGGGUCUAGACCUCCGCUAUUUUUUAAUAAGUGAUAGCCAAACUAUCAAAUUGCGGAGGUUAUACCGCCAUCAAAUAUUCGCCGCUAUAUGAUAACGGCGGUCUGUCAAAAAAUCCCGCAAAUUAGUUGCGGCGAACAUUAUUGGGGGUUUUGAAAACCGCCGUAAAAGUAUAUUGCGGAGGUUUGUGACCACCGCAAUAUGUAAAUAAAACCUCCGCAAAUUCAGCGUUUUAUUGUAGUGUAAGUGUUCUGUACCUUCCUAAAAUGGUGAAUACUGAAAUUCCUGUGAAUGCUAGUUAUAGUGAUAAUUCUACAUACAUUCCUGACCUCACAAGUCCUUUAUUUCUCUACUCGUCUAAUAUACCUGUAAUGUGUUUGGUGAGCACUCCAUUCUCUAGGUCGGGGUAUGGAGGAUGGAGAAGAAGCAUGAUAGUGUCUCUUUCUGCUAAGAAUAAAAUAGAUUUGACGAUGGCUCAUGUCCUAAGCCAGCUACCACUGAUAUUGCAAAGCUGCGUUAAUGGGAUAGAUGCAACAAUAUGGUGAUUUCGUGGCUAACAGCUCACUUUCACUAACCAUACUCUCAGUACUCCGAGACAACUGAGAGUAUUUGGAAUCAAUUGGAACGUAGGUAUGGUAUUGUAAAUGGUACUAAGGUGUUUGUAAUAAAGAAGGAAUUGGCCUCCACACAACAAGGUUCCCUUGACAUUGCGUCAUAUUUCAAUAAACUAAAGAAGCUCUGGGAUGAGUUGGGUACAAUGCGUAAGAACCAUAGAAAUCGUUGCAUGUGUGAUGCAAGAGAUGGUAUUCAAAAGGAUGAAGAGGAGGAUAAGCUUCAUCAGUUUCUUAUGGGCCUAAAUGAAAUCUAUGUAGGAGUGAGAAGCAAUUUGCUAAUGAUGCAACCUCCUCCCACACUUGAUAGUGCAUAUAACAUUUUGCUUCAAGAUGAAAAUCAGAGGCAAGUUCAAUACACUCCCCAACUGGUUCCAGAAGCUGCUUCUUUCAAUGUGAAUGCUAACAAUAAAGAUUUUCAUCCAAAUGCCAACAAUAAGACAUUCCCUCCAAAGAAAUAUACUCAGAAAAUGGACUUUCAUCAGUCCAGGGGAAAUAUUUUAUGCAAAUAUCGUAAAAAACCUGGACACCUAAUCGACAAAUGCUACAAGUUAUAUGGAUUUCCACAGAAUUUCAAAUUCAAUAAAGGGAAAAGGAUGGCUGCUAAUGUGACUGUUGAGGCUGAGUAUCCUGCAACAGCCUACACUCUACCUCAGUACAAUUCACCUCAACUUUACACUGCUUCUGACCAUGAAGAACAUGUCUCUUCAGUACCUGGAUUGACCAAGCAGCAGUAUGCACAACUUAUGUCUCUCUUACAAUAGACUCAAGUUUCAUCGACUGCUGAUUCUCAAACUAGCCUCAUGGGAUCUGCCAACUUUGCAGGUAGUACUUUCUCUCUGCCUAUUUAUAUUAAUGAUGAUUCACAUGUUUGCUUACUGUAUGGUGCUAGUAGAAAUGUUUGGAUUAUAGAUAGUGGAGCUACUGACCAUAUGACCUCAAACAAAAAUAUACUUUCUAAUCUUACUCCACUUCCUACUCCUUACUUGGAAACUCUUCCCAAUAGUUAUAAGGCAAAAGUUACUUAUACUGGUUCUGUUAUCUUGUUCACUUCUUUCACUCUUGAUAGAGUCUUAUACAUUCCUAGUUUUCAAUAUAAUUUAGUCUCAGUUUACAAGUUGAUUCAGCAAUUUCACUGCAUGGUCUUGUUUACUUCCUCUUCAUGCCUUUUGAUACAUGCCCAUUUCACGAGGAAGCUUCUGGAGCUUGGUAGACGAGACCAAGGCCUCUACAAGCUCCUUCAUGCCGCUGAGUCUGAUUCUAGUCCUAAUUUUGUUUUCAAUAAAGAUGUGCAAUGUAUGAAUAGUGUUGAUAGGUUCUUUGCCAAUACUAAACAAUCUAAAUCUGCAUUGAAUUGUGUUCCUUUAGUUUCCAGUAAUGAUGUUCCUAGUAUAAACAAACAUGAUGUACUUUAGCAUCAUAGGGUGGGACAUAUUCCAUUUGCUAGAAUGAAAAGUAUUUCUUCCAUUUCUGCUCAACUAUCUUCUAAACAAUCUUUUGUGUGUCCCAUUUGUCCCCUACCAAGGCAGGCAAGGCUGCCAUUUCCCCCAAAUAACUCAGUUUCCAAGUGUUUGUUUGAACUCAUUCAUGUUGACACCCGGGACCCUAUAAUACUAACACAUACUCUGGUGCAAAGUAUUUUCUGACCAUUGUGGAUGAUCAUAGCAGGGCAACCAAAAGUAAUGCUUUCAAUUUACUAAAAGUCUUUAUCUCCAUGCUCAGAACCCAAUUUAAUCUUCUAGUCAAAACCAUUAGGAGUGAUAGUACCUUAGAAAUUGGCCUUUCUACUUCUGCCAUACAAUAUUUUUCAGAUAAUAGGAUCAUUUACCAAACAACUUGUUCUCAUACACCUCAACAAAAUGGCAUUGUUGAAAGAAAACAUAAACACUUGUUAGAGACAGCAAGAGUUUUAUUGUUUCAGUCCAAACUACCUACCAAAUUCUAGGGGGAUUGUAU